AAAUGCAUACUAGUUAACACAUCAAUGUGAGUCUGGAUAGGUGAGUUGGUGCAUCUGGUGGAGAGGAGACAUUGCGUAAACAUCGCUGACAUUGUGUUUUAGAUCUAAAUCUGAGUUUAUCAUCUUAAAAUGCCAUUAUUUAACUUUUAUAUUAUUGAAGCAGUAGAGAUUCCUUAUGUCGCACUUGCACUCGCAGGGUAUAUAUGGACCAGAGGCACAAGAAAAGGCAAGGCAAAGUGAAUCAUAUUGAAAAUUUUGACUUCUAAUCCUUUCUCAUUUUCAAGAAGUGAAGAAAUGGCUUCCUUGGCCUCUCACACUCGCUCAAACAGCUUGCCCUCUAGACCUCACCCUAUCACUUCAGAAUUCCAAGACCAUUUGAGAAGAUUAAGGGCCUCUGAGGCCACCACCUCUUCUUCUUCUUCUUCAAUAUCUUAUCAACUUAAUGGCCUUCAGGAUUUACAUGAUUGUGUCAACAAGUUCCUUCUCCUACCCCUCACUCAACAAUCAUUAGCCCAACAUCAGAGUGAGAUUUGCGUCGAUGAGUUCUUGGAUGGAUCUCUCAGCCUCUUAGAUGUGUGUACUGCUGCUAAAGAUGCCUUGUUGCAGACAAAAGACUCCACACUUGCCCUCCAAUCAGUUUUGCGAAGGAGACAUGGAGGUGAGAAAAUCAGGAUUGAAGGUGGCCUUAAAGAGUACUUAGCCUCAAGAAAGGUUGUGAAGAAGUCAAUCUCCAAGGCAUUGGGAAACUUGAAGGGCAAGGAAAGUAAAACUUCCUUUCUGAUCAACAAAGACCAGGAGAGUACUAUUGCAAUGCUAAAAGAGGUGGAAUCAGUCACAUUUAAGGUGUUUGAAUCCGUGUUGUCGUUCGUCUCAGGAACAAAGACAUCAAAGCUUGGGGGGUGGUCACUAGUCUCCAAGAUUUUAAAGUCCAAGAGAAUUGAAUGUGAGGAAGAGCAAAGAAAAACAAAUGAAUUUGAAGAUGUGGAUGCUGCAUUAUGCAUCUUCCUUGGCUGCAAAGCAAGUAAAUUUGAAGACAUUGGUAAGGUGCAGAACCAGCUGAAAAGCUUGGAGUUGUGUGUUCAAGAUCUUGAAGAGGGACUUGAUAGCUUGUGUAGGCACUUGAUCAAGACAAGAGUCUCCCUUCUUAACAUCCUCAAUCAUUAGCUUAAUCAGAGAAACCAUGACAAAUGUACAUAUAUGAACAUGUUGUAUUCAC